CGAAAGAUUACUCCAGAAUUUCAUCUUCAAAAUUUUAACUAAAAAUUAAAGGAAAAUCUUUGAAAAUGCAAAAAGGAGAAUUCAAUUAUUCAUCUGCCCGCCGAUAUGUUAUGUCGGCAAAAAGGGAGCUUUUUCGCCAACAGUUAUCUCCUGAUUUGUUAGCCCACAGGAAGAAAAAUGAUGCUGGAGCCGUGAGUCCAACACCCAAAGAAAUGGACGAAGAUUCUGAUUACGUUGGCUUUUCCAAUUUGACAAAUGAGAUUUAUCGGCUGUCGGUCAGACGAGGAUUUCACUUCACUUUAAUGCUUGUCGGAGAAGCGGGAUUGGGAAAAUCUACAUUCCUGAACAAUCUCUUCCUCUCCAAUAUUUACUCCGACGAAUAUCCGAGUCCUUCCGAAAGAAUCAAACCAACAGUGCAGAUCGAGACGACGAAGCUGCAGCUGGAAGAAAAUGGCGUCAAGUUAAAUCUAACGGUGGUGGAUGUACCCGGAUUCGGGGAUUCUUUAAACAAUACUGGAUGUUGGCGUCCAAUAACUAAUUUCAUCAAUGAGAGAUUCGACCAAUAUUUAGAAGAUGAAUCGCGCGUGAAUCGUGAUGUUAUUGUGCCAGACAAUCGGGUUCAUUGUUGCCUUUAUUUUAUUUCGCCUUGUGGAAAUGGGUUAAGACCCUUGGAUGUUGAAGUGAUGAAGAAUUUGCAUGAUAAAGUUAACAUCAUUCCACUUAUUGCAAAGGCUGAUUCAUUUACACCCGAAGAAUGUGCAGCUUUUAAGAAAAUCAUAAUGAAUCAAAUUGCACACCACAAUAUUAAAAUCUACGAUUUUCCAUCCCACGUUCACGGAGAUAACGAAGCUCUUAAUAAUCUUAAGGAAAGACUUCCCUAUGCCAUUAUGGGAAGUAUGUCAUUAGAGGACGUAUCCGGAACCAAAAAAAGAGGAAGAAAAUACCCAUGGGGUACAGCAGAAAUUGAGAACGUAGAACAUUGUGAUUUUGUAGCAUUCAGAAAUUUAUUUGUGAGAACACAUCUGCAAAAUUUAAUUGAUACAACUAAUAAUCAACAUUAUGAAAUGUAUCGAUGCAGAAAACUGAGUGCAUUCGGUAAAGAAGGAAGAAGAUCAUCCAACAAGAAUCCCAUGGCUGAAAUGGAAGAAGAAAAGCGCCAUCAGGAAGCCAAAUUGAAGAAAAUGGAGGAAGAAAUGGAACGGGUUUUCGAGAUGAAAAUAAGAGAAAAAAUGCAAAAAUUGAAGGAUUCCGAAGCCGAACUGGAACGUCGCAACGAGCAGAUGAUUGCGGCUUUAGAAUUUCAAAGAAAGGAUUUGGAGGAAAGACGCCUGAGUUUCGAAAGAGAGAAAAAAUUGGAAGAGUCUAAGUCGAUUCAGGACCAUCGGGACAAAAAGGCAGAAAAGAAAAAACAUUUAUUCUAAAGAAAGAAUUCCCAGGCAUCAAAAUUCAAGCAAAAUUUCCUUAGCGAUUUUACAUUUUUUUUAAAAUAUAAUUCUAAAUUAUAUACUCAGUUAAUAUUCUAUGUUAUUUCUCUUACCAAAAUAAAUUAAUUAC